CGCUCGGCGCGCAUCGUGGCGACAGUGUGAUCGAUCAGCUCGCUAGUGAUGUGCUGUUGAGCGUAGAGGAGCACCGUGCAGUGACUCGCGAGUGGUAAACGACGUCUCUCGAUGUGCAGCAACGAGAGCCCGCCCCCGGCGAAGGAGCCGCUCGUCGGGCUGGGCAGCCCCAUGGGCUUCCUGCCCGGCCUAGAGCACUACCGGCUGCAGCUCUACCACUACGCCAUGGCGGAGCGGCUGCGGCUGGCGCAGCAGCUGCACCCGCAGCACCCUGGCGUGGGUCCGCCGGCGGCCGGCGGGCCCGCGGCGCACCUGGGCAUGGGGCCCGGGUUUCCGGCGCCGCUGCCGCUCUACCCCGCGGCCGGCUACCCGAGCCGCCUCGCGCUGUCCAUGGCGCUGCUGCACCCGCACCACCAGCGCGUGCCCGAGGAGCCGAAGCCGCAGCACAGCUACAUCGGGCUGAUCGUGUCCAGCGUCUGGACGCACCAGCAGCCCUUCCAGUCCGUCAGGCAGGCCACCUUCCAGCCCAGGAAGAGACAGUUCGACGUGGCUUCUCUCUUAGCGCCGGACGAUCAGCUGGAGCCUGACCUGCGACCCCCCAAGUCCAGGAGGUUCAGCUGCAGCGAGGACGAGCUGCACGAUCAGGAACACGAGCAGGACGAAGAGGACGUGGACGUCGACGUCGUCGCUGAGACACUCCCCUCGCCCGGCACGCCCUCCAGCCCGGACGCCAAGGUCAUGGGCCACUGGAACCAGAGCAUCCCCAGCCCACAGGUCCCAGGCAUCCAUCUUAACCACCUGCAGGCCAGGAGUUACUACGUGCCGGCCACCUCCGGCAGUGCGAACGGGGUCUAAUGGUGUUUGUGAUGUGCCAAAGCGAGUAGGAUUGUACAUACGUUUUAGGCGUGUGAGCGGUGGACCUUAGGACUUGACCUUUGAGGAUUUGAUAUUGGUUCGUUUGCGUUGAAUGAUAGGGGUUGAGAGGUACAGAGUUGGUUUGGUGAAGUUGCGAGCUAAUUAGUGCCAAUCGUGGGGGACGAACGAAUUGUAUAUAGGGAGGAGCCGCAAGAUGGCGGCGCCCCGAGCGACUGUUCAAAGUGUAAGAUAAAGUAGCGGAAGGUUUACCGUAGGUCAUCUUUAUUGUCCACGUAUCGUUUCGAGUGUGGAGGCAAUUACCCCGAGCGAGCCCUCUGUGUGUAUGUAUGUAUGUAUAUCUAUUGUACACGUGCUUGCGUAUGAACCGAGGCGCGCUUAACCCUUUGCACUCGAGUUUCGACGGAUACUCGGUGGUUGAAUUGAUUUGACGAGGAAACUAUUUUCUUUCGAUUCGUAUAAAGUUGAAUGUUGAACUUUAAACUUUGCAGUUUUGUGUCGAAUCAAUUUUUGACGACUGGCGUCCGGAGUGCAAAGGGUUAAUACAGACACGCGAGCAACCGGAUGUUUUUUAACGAUCAUCGAUACGACUGUCGAGCUGUCUUCUGGAGUCUGAGGAAACGAUCGCAAC